AUGACUUUUUAUCUCAGGCAUUACUGGAAAGAUGAAAGGCUCUCCUUUCCUAGCACAGCAAACAAAAGCCUCACUUGUGAUCGUAGAUUGAUCAGAAAGAUUUGGGUGCCUGCUACCUUUCUUGGCCAUUCUAAAAGGUCCUUCACCCACGACCCGACGGUAACAGCGCUUCCUUUAGUAUUGCACGCUUAUUUGGCCAUAUGCUUCGAUGGCCUGCGGUUUCCCUUUUCUUACUCUUUUCCUAGGAUAACUGUUUCCGCCACGUGCUUUAUGGAUUUCAGCGGGUUUCCCCUUGACACUCAGAAUUGUUCCCUUGAGCUGGAAAGCCAUGCCUACAAUGAAGAGGAUCUCGUGCUGUACUGAAGACAUAGAAAUGGGUCCUUAAAUACUGGUGAGCAUAUUUCCCUUCCUCAGUUCUUCAUUGAAGAGUCCAGGGCAUCCGGUGGAUUUGCCUCAUACAGCAGCACAGGUUGGUACAAUCGGCUUUUCAUCAACUUCGUGCUGAGGAGGCGUAUUCUCUUCUUUGUGCUGCGAACCUAUCCCUGGGUUUCAUUUUGGAUUCACCCAAGAGCUGUUCCUGCAGGAGUUUCCUUGGGAGUCACCACGGUGCUGACCACCACCACCGUCCCUGGCGUGAGCGCCUCCGGGCCCAGGUGUCCUGCGUCAAGGCCGUGCCGUGGACCUGGGGGCGGCUCCCUCUCCGUGUGCCUGUCACCCACCGAGUUUGCAGCCGGGAGCUCCCUCCCCGGAGCGGAGGAACGGGAGCGGCUCAGGAAGGCGGGGAGGAUUUCUGGAAUGUACAAUAUUGAUGCAGUUCAAGCUAUGGCCUUCGAUGGUUGUCACCACGACAGCGAGACUGACAUGGACCAGACUUCCUUUUCUCUCCACCCAGAAUAUGACUCCAUUAGAGGAAGAUUCACAGGCAGCCCCAGUGCAGACCCAUCCAGGAUAGAGAGAAGAAAACCCCCGGGAGGGCACGUCGGCAGAACCAUUCUGGAGAACCACCAUGUCAUUGACACCUACUCAUGGAUUUUAUUUCCCAUUGUGUAUAUUAUAGUUAAUUUGUUUUACUGGGGUACAUAUGUGUGA